AUGCAGAUCUCUACCUGGCUUUUAUUUCCCAUUAUCAACUUGGUAACCAGCGUGAUCAAUACCCAACUCCCUUUCAAAUGCCCAGGCGGGUAUUUUGAAGUAUGCACCAGACACGCCACCCCGGAAGAUAUAGCUCAACUAGUUAGCGGGAAAGACAAACCGUCGCGCAUGGCGAUGGUGGCCCCGCUAUCGAAGGAAAAGCCGGAUUUCUAUAACUGUGCUGGCGAGACGAUUGCUAACAUAAUUGCUGAGAACGCAAACUGCUGUUAUGGUGACAGAAAAGAUUUCAAGGGGUUCUUUCACCUCAUGGAGGAAGAUAUGCAUGCGUCAAACUGUGAUGAAAAGUAUUAG